UCGCGCACCGCCUGUCACGGUUUGACAUCGAAUGGGAUAGCCUUCUUGUAGUUCUUUGAUACGUGGUUUAGCUUACACUAGCCACAUUGGAACCAAAGGAAGACAAUAGGAUUCCCUAGGACGGAACUUUGCGGACGCAGUACGUAAGUACUGUACGACUCGGAUCUGUCUACUGACUUCUGAACAUGGACACGGCAACAAACUCCGAGGUGGUGCCGAAUGUUGAGGACGAGGCUUUCGACGCCGAGCCUCCGACCUACGACGAUGCCUUCCCCGCCCUGCAGACCUCUGAGAAACGAACCGACCCCAUUCUCAAUCAGUCGUCAUGGCAACCGGCUAAAUUUGUCAACCGAUCAAAGUGUACUCAGGUGUUCACAGUCCCUCUCGAGGAGCGGCGGUUCAAGGAGAUGAAGGAGUCUCAGUUUGGUGACGAAAGUGAACAAGCGAAAAUCUGCAAGGACAUCAUGGCCAGGAAAAAUGUGACUAUUGAGAUCAGUUUGGCUCGAGACCAGAGUCUGACGGUUGUGAUUCACGGCAAGGCUGAUGAUGUGAUGAAAGCCAGACGAGAUGUGGUCACCAAACUUCAAACACAAGCAAACGUGCAGAUGAAAAUUCCGCGAGAACAUCACCGAUUCAUUCUUGGCAAAAGUGGCAAAAAACUUCAGGAACUGGAACUUGCGACUGCGACAAAGAUUUCCCUGCCACGGCCGGAAGACGGUUUAGACAUUAUUAGGAUCGUGGGAACGAAGGACGGGAUAGACAAGGCACGCCACGAGAUCCAGUGCAUCUCUGACGAACAGGCGAAACUGUCAUUUGAGCGACUGCCGGUUCUGAAGGUGUUCCACCCAUUCAUCUGUGGGCCGAACAACGUGACGAUCAAACAGCUGAUGGAGGAGACCGGGGCGAAGAUAAAUGUCCCACCGCCGAGCGUGAUGAAGGACGAGAUCGUGGUGUCGGGCGAAACGGAGGGGGUCAAUAAGUGCAAGGCCACCAUCAUGAUGAUUUACGAGGAAAAGAAGCGGAAAUGCCAGACGGUGUCUGUGGAGGUGGGCAAGUCUCAGCACAAGUACGUGAUCGGCCCGCGCGGCAGUGGCCUGGCGGAGAUCCUGGCAGCCACACAGGUGUCGGUGGAGGUGCCCCCCCUCGACAGCCCCUCCGAGACGAUCACACUGCGAGGAGAACAGGACAAACUCGGACCUGCGCUCACCAUGGUCUACUCGAAGGCGAACAGUGUUGUGUUUGCUAGUGUUAUGGCACCACAUUGGCUUCAUCGAUUCAUCAUUGGCAAGAAAGGACAAAACAUUCGAAACGUCACUGGCGAGUACACAAAGGUUCACAUUGAGUUCACUGAAGGCCAGGAUAAGAUCACCGUGGAAGGACCGCCGGAAGAAGUUAGCCUGGCCGUCAAGGCUCUCGAAAACAUAGUCCAAGACCUGAAAAGUCGAAUGGACUUCACUGAAAUUAAGGUUGACCAACGAUUCCACAAACAUAUCAUAGGCAAGGGUGGAUCAAACAUUACGAGAAUUAAAAACGAGACUGGAGUAGCAAUUCGCAUUCCAUCGGAUAAUGAGAACAGCAACAUAAUUCGGAUUGAGGGCGACCCAAAAGGCGUCAUACGAGCUAAGGAGGAGCUGAUGGAGAUGGCACACAGAAUGGAGAACGAGAAGACAAAGGACAUCAUCAUAGAGCAGCGUUUUCACAAAAACAUCAUCGGCGCGAAGGGCGAGAAGAUUCGCGAGAUCCGCGACCGAUUCAACCAGGUCCAGAUCACAUUCCCGGACCCCGGCAAGAAGAGUGACGUGGUCACACUGCGUGGACCAAAGAACGACGUGGACAAGGCCCACAAGUUCAUGCAGAAGAUGCACGAGGACAUGAUUGAAAGUAACUUCCAAGCACAAGUCCACAUCUUCAAAGGAUUCCAUAAAAAUAUUAUUGGCAAAGGAGGCGCCAACAUUAGAAAGAUUCGCGAUGAAACGGACACAAAGAUCGACCUUCCCAGUGAGAUAAGCGAGUCGGACGUGAUCACGAUCACUGGAAAGAAGGCCAACGUUCAGAGUGCCAAGACGAAGAUCGAGGCCAUACAGAAACAGCUGGCGAAUAUCAAGGAGAUUUCGGUUGACAUCCCUCACCGGCUGCACAAUUCGAUCAUCGGUGCGAAGGGCCGGUUGAUUCGUGCGAUCAUGGACGAGUGUGGUGGGGUGAUCAUCCGGUUCCCCAACGAGAGCUCCACCAGCGACAAGGUCACGAUCAGGGGCCCUGUCGAGGAUGUCGAGAGUGCUAAGAAACAGCUGCUCGAACUGACCAGUGAGAAACAACUCUCGAGUUACACUGCUGAGGUGCUGGCCAAUCCACAGUACCACAAAUUUCUCAUCGGCAAGGGCGGAUCAAACAUCAGAAAGGUAAGGGAGAGCACUGGUGCUCGAAUUAUCUUCCCGACGGAUCACGACACCGACCAAGAAACGAUCACCAUCGUUGGCAAGGAGGAGAAUGUGAAGAAAGCGCAGAAAGAGAUCGAGCAACUCAUUAAAGACCUGGACAACAUAGUGGAGCUGAAGUUCAACGUGGACCCGAAACAUCACCGCCACUUCGUGGCUCGUCGCGGAGAGGUGCUGCGACACAUUGCAGAAGAGUAUGGGGGGGUGACGGUCAGCUUCCCCCGCAGUGGGGUCAAGAGCUCCGAGGUGAUCAUCAAGGGACCGAAGGACUGUGUCGAGGGCGCAAAGAAGAAAAUACUCGACAUCGUCGCCGAUCUCGACGCUCAGGUGACCGUGGAGUGUGUGAUAGAACAGAAAUAUCACCGCACUGUGAUGGGCUCGCUCGGUUCAAACAUCAAGGAGAUCACUAAAACACAUGACGUCCUCGUCAAGUUUCCAGACAAGCCAGUGGCCAAUGGUGCUGCCCACCACGAGGAGGAGCCUAUUGUGAAUGGUGAGGUGAUCACUGACAACGAUGUUGAGAAACUUCCCAAGAAGUGUGACACAAUCCUCAUCACAGGGAAACCCGAGAACUGCCAGGAGGCCAAGGCUGCCCUGCUGGAUCUGGUGCCAGUGGCAGAGGAGGUGACCGUGCCGUAUGACUUCCACCGAUUCAUCAUCGGUCAGAAGGGUCGAGACGUGCGCAAGAUGAUGCAGGACUUUGACGUGAACAUCUCAAUUCCGCCCGCUGACGAGAACAGCGACCAGGUGCGCGUGCUGGGACCGCCGGCCAACGUGAAGCGAGCAAGACAGGCACUGGAGGAGAAGGUCGAACAAUUAGAGAAAGAACAGGAAGAUAGGAGGCUGCAGAGUUUCGAGGUGAUGGUUGAGGUCGACCCCAAGUACCACCCGAAGAUCAUCGGGCGCAAGGGUCUGGUGAUCAAGAAGAUCCGCGAGGAAUAUGGUGUGCGCAUUCAGUUCCCCGAACGCGGGGACGAGAACCAGUCACAGAUUCUCAUCCACGGCUACGAGCAGAGCGCCAUCGACGCCAAGGAGGAGAUCCUCAAACUCGUCCAGGAAUACGAGGACAUGGUGAGCCUGGAGGUUCGGAUUGACCGCCGCAUCCACCCGCGCAUCAUUGGGGCCAAGGGCCGCACACUGCGCCGCAUCAUGGAAGACUUCAGCGUGGACAUACGGUUCCCGCGCGCCGAAGACGCCGACCCCGACAUCGUGACGAUCACCGGCAUGGAAGACAACGCCCUCGAGUGUCAGGACCACCUGCUCAACCUGCAGGAGGAGUUUCUUCAGGACGUCAUUGACCAGGAGUAUCUUCAGCAGCUACAGAAACCGCCGAGCCGUACCCCGGAGUCUGGAUCAGCCGACCACCAGGACGCGCGCGGCUUCGUCGUCAAGAACGCACCCUGGGAUCGCGCCCCCGACACGACCAGCACAGACGACUUCCCGGCGUUUGGCGGGGGAGUGGUCGCGCCUAGAACCAGCCAAUCGUGGGGCCCAUUUCGCCGUAAUUAAAACAUCUGAUGCUGGCUAUUCGUCGUGAGGGUGGAUAUGUCUCUUAACGCCAUUCUCUUUAUGACUUUUGGUCUUUCACAGCUGUGUGGACUUUUUUUAACCUCCCAUUGAUAUAAUAGUACUUUAUAAAUUUGUGAUUGAUACCAAAUUUUGCUUCUGUUUUUUAUUUCUUCUUUUUUUUUGAGUAAAUCUUUGUCUCAUUCCAAAGGUCUGAUUCGGCGUAAUUAAGCAUCUCUGAUGCUGGCCAUUCCUGAGGGUCGACAAGACAUUUAAUGCCAUUAAUGUACUUUUUUUUUUUCUUUUUUUUUUGACCUGAGUCUCACAGCUGUGGACUUUUUUGAACCUGCCAUUGAUAUAGUUGUACUUUUCGAUUUUGCGAUUGCUACCAAAUUGUGCUAAAAAAGUUUUUGAAUAUGCCAUUUUAUGUUGGUGAACCACAUUUUUAUUUGUACCCACUUGAUAAUGGCUUUCAGUUGUUUUUUGUUUUUUGUCAGUCGUGUUAUGUUAAACGACCAAUGCCCUUAUAUAUUUAAAAGAUAUAUAUAUAUAUAUAUAUAUAUAUAUAUAUAUAUAUAUAUAUACACAUAAAACAUUAAUUAAAAAAAAAAAAACCGGCCAAAAAAAAGUGGCAUUGGAGUAUUGGUGACAUUGAGCUGUAGACGCACGUACAGUUUGGGUAUUUGUUACGGCUAUUUUAAGGGGAAUUUUUUUUUAUAUAUAUAAAUUAUUAUCCUUUCUGUUUUUGAUGAUGGUGGUUGUUGAGGGAGAGUACGUUUUUAAGUUGACGGUUUGAACAUGUACAAAACCAUUUUAUUUUUUUAACCUCCUAGUCAGGAUUGACAAACAACCCUGUACCAUUUGUUUGUGUCCCUGCGUCCAAGAUCAAUUGUAAAUAAUAGUUACUAAUAGUUGCAAUAUUUUUGUCAAGAUGUGUGUGCUAAAUUAAUAUUGUUGAAUGUUAAAAAACACAAUUAUGCAAUAUGGUGUGCAGAAGGGGGAAAGCACGAAAAGAAAACCCAAGAUAUUUAAUAUAUAAUUAUUAUUUUUUUUAACCUCUGCGAUGCCAUGUUUCAUUCCAUUUAGCAGCUCAUGAAUAUGCAUGUGACCACAGAUCUGCAGAUAGUCACAUCAAUUGGUAAUUAACAGAUAUUCUUUGUUGACCUAUAUAUUACUUUGCUGUUAGAUUCUGUCUUGUCUCCCCCCCCCCCCCCCCCCCCCCCCCCCCCUUUUUCUUUUCUUUUUUUUGGUGAAAAUUCAUAUUGACAAAUUAUAAACGAUGAUGUUUUAUAGUUAUUUUAUCAUCAGAAAAUAUGUAUAUUGUUUUAGCUACGAAUGAAAUAUUUGCCCAAAUGAGUGUUGAAGAUUUUUACAUUGUAGCUAUAAUGUUGUGGCCUACAAAAAUAUUGCAACCGAAAUGAUUGGUUGUAGUUGUUAUGAUUAUGAUAAUGAUGAUGAUGACGAUGAUGAUGACGAUAGUGGUGGUGGUUUAUUUGUGGUACCAUUAUGCCAUGUAAUCAUUGAAUGAAAUAAAUGGGUGCUAGCCCCGUGUGUGGAUGAUGUAUGACGAGUGUGAACAUUCAAGUACAUCUAUUGUCUCUAAAGUCAUCGGUGCAAUUCUCUAAAUAAACUGAUGAUGAGACGAU